AUGUCCAAUGCGGAUGCACAGGUCAAGACCUUCUGUGAGCAGCAGGUGGAGAAGGACCUGCCCCUGGUCAUCCACCUCCUGGUCACCCAAAUUAACCCAGGUCAACUGUGCCAGAUUCUGAAACUGUGUAAGAACAAGUCUGAAGACCAGUGGCUGGAGGUGCUGGACAGGCACAUUUCCAAAGUCCAUGUGUCCUCAGAGAGAGGAGUUCGAGCAUCAGAGAUGAGCACUGCUUCAACCUGCACCAUCUGUGUCUUUAUUGUUGAACGGCUGAAGUGCCUGCUGCCAAAGGACAAAGCUGAGGCUGCAGUGGAGAGGAUCCUGGACCACGCCUGCAGUCUGCUGCCCAAACCUGUGGAGUUCAUCUGUGACACCUUCAUCAGCAGGUACAGUGGGAAGCUAAUUGACCUCCUGCUGGAUUCAGCCACACCUCACGCCAUUUGCACCAUGUUGCAGCUCUGCCAAAAACAGGACAAACCCCUACAGGUGGAAGCUACGCCCACUGACUGCGAGUCAUGCCAGACACUGGCCUUUCUCAGCCGCUUGCACUUGGGCACUAAUGCCACAGAGCUGGAGAGCACCUCCUUUCUGCAGAGUGUGUGUGGACUCCACUCGUGUGCUUUGCCAAAGUGCAACGUCUUUACACAGCGCUUUGGGCCCAAGCUGCAAAGGAUUCUGGGUACAGAAGGCAGUAUUCUGGAUAUAUGUCGGAAGGUAGACUUUUGCUCAAGCUCCACGACAGCAGAGACUGGGAAUGAGGACAACUGCAAUAGGAGCAGCCGCUAUAGGUGCAGAGAUAUGAGAACAGCUCUGGCAUGCAAUUCGGUAUCCUUCUGCCAAAGAUUUUUCUGGAAAUAGAUUCAACCCACUUGACCAGAGCAGCAUUUCUGUUGAAUGGUAAAACUUGCCCAUUAUUAGAUUCU